UUAUAUUUUUGUUGUUAGGUCAGAAAAUCCACUACUUCUAUCAGCUCCUCUUAUUCCUAAAGGGUCCAGAAUAUUUUUAAACCCAACACAGCUAAAGAAUCUAAGAAAUAUCCAAUUGCCACCCUAUUAAGUGGUUGUAAUACAGGUACGAUGUAUCUAAAAUGUGAUAAUUCAGGAAGAGGCCGUGUUUCAAAAGAGAACUGCUUUUUCUGCAGUGAUAAAGCUUACAAAAUGAGACGGAGCCGAGCCCAGCUCUACUGCCCUUUUGCCAACGUUUGCUUAUUCUCUCUUGGUGUCUCCAACAGUGACUCAAUGUCUUCUCUUCCUCCCCAGCUAUCCAUGAAGGAGGUUGGGGACGGGCUGCACGAGCAGAUGAACUGCAUGAUGGGGGCACUGCAGGAGCUGAAACUCCUCCAAGUCCAGACAGCUUUGGAGCAGUUGGAGAUAUCAGGGAGUCAAAACACAGUUUCUAGCGUUGAGCAGCACCAGCGCUCCCGCAGUGGCAGGGAGGUGCCCCGCGCCGGGCUGGAAGCCGGCCAGCAGAACGAGCGAUUGCUGGGGAAGGUACUGGCGGACAAACGCAGCCCCACGUCCUUCACUGCCUCUGCACCGGCGCUGCGGUCUGCCAGCUUGCUGGGUCCUGCCACUCUCCCUGAGGGUGGCUGCCUUAGAGACACAACCUCCUCCUCCUCCCAAAGCAUCUGCGAUGAAGAAGUUUAUCGCGCUAACGGCCCUUCCCCAACUUUGAGCAGAGCCAAGCGCUUCCCCGCAGGGACACCGGAGCCGGGCAGAGGGAGUAUGGCCAGGAAUCAGCCUAGCAGAGCUGCCACCAGCGUCCGCUCUGUCAGGGCUGUGGGGACACUAGGUCGUGGGGAUUGCCAGGGAUGUGACGAUGGCAAUGACUGGACCUCCUCCUUGAUGUCCCAGAGCAGGAACCGGCAACCGCUGGUCCUGGGGGAUAACAUCUUUGCAGACUUGGUUGGAAACUGGCUGGAUCUGCCAGAGCUGGAUAAAAAGGGGGAGAAGAGUGAAGCGUCCUUGUCUGUUAGCAGAUCCCAAGAACUCUACAGGAAAUUCUCCCUCACUGCCAACAUCUUCAAGAAGUUUUUGAGGAGCGUUCGACCAGAUCGAGACAGGCUUCUCAAGGAGAAACCGUGCUGGCUACCACAUGAAGACAAACAGCUGGAAAUUUCAAAGAGACCCAAAAAAAUGAACAAACUCAAGGGGACAUUUUACUUUCCGCUUCAUGGGAACACGCAGAACAAUCACAGCAAAGUAGAGAGGUGCCCAAAGGUGGAGAGCAAUAGUGACAAACCUAAAAUUGGCACCAAGAAAGUCCAUGAUACCAUAGACUACCCCCAGUCCAGCUUUGAUAUUAACACAGCUGUAUGGGUCUGAGUUGGGCAGUGCCCACUGCUCUGCCAAGCACUUCUGUUUCACACUGGAGACAAGCUAGAGGCCGCACGCUGCUCUUCAGGACCCCCCGAGCUCUUGACCUGGAUUGAGGUGUGAGAGGCUUCUCUGUGAAAGAAGCCAUGAGCAUCGGCUGCCUGCAAGCAGCGUUUUCUGGAGAAGGGCAGCUUGGGGGCAGUCCAAGCAGCCGCCAGCAGCCCCGGGUGCUGAGGUGGGCCAGGCCGAUGCUUGCAAAAAUCAUCAGCAUCUUUGGCAGCUUUUAGGGCACUGCUGCCACCAGCUAUGAGCUCCUAAAGUUUGGCUUAUGAUAAGGACUUCAGGCCCAUCCAGGCCAUCUCUAGUUAAAAUAGCUGCAGCACAUGAAAUUCACUGUGUGCGUGUGUGUGUGUAUGUGUGUUCAAAUAUAUAUAGAUAUAUAUAAAUUUUUUAAAUCUACUCCUACUGAUGUGCACUUAAAAUUGGGUUACAAAACAGGCAAUUUGAACGUUGACCUUGAAGCACUUGUUAUUUAAAUUGAAAGAAAAAAAGUAGGAAUUUAUGAGACUGCAGGACUUGAAUGAUUGCUAACUGCAGGUGCUGAAUCCCAGCUUUGUUGAAUUUCAACUAUUCUUGUUUUUGCUAAACUGCAUCUCCACGGCGCUAACAGCGCCUCUCCUUCUCCAGGCAGGUCCACCUGGAGCGUGACGCUCCUUUCACUGAAUUUUGUGAUUUCCAGAAAUUCCCUGCUGGUUUGGCUUCCCCCUUCCAUGGCCUGGUCCCCAGAUGUCGCACUGAGAUACGAAGCUGCAACAGACUUCUAUCGUUGUUCUCGCUCAUAUGCUGUUGUGUACAAAUGUAGUCUUAAAAGAACAAAGUUCUUCAGUGUUAAGCUCUCUAAGAGUUACAAAUAAAGUGACGUCAGUCUCUGGA